UUGUUUCUUAUUCAGUUCAAAUACGCUCGCAUAUCAGGAAAAGCGAAUGGCAGAGUCAAGAAAGGUGUAAUAUUUUCCACCUAUUCUUCACUUAUCGGUGAGAGUCAGGGUAGUGCUAAGGCGAAGUACAAAACUAGGCUCAAACAAUUGGUGCAUUGGUGCGGCAAGGAUUUUGACGGUGUGAUCAUAUUUGAUGAAUGUCAUCGCGCAAAGAAUUUAACUCCUAGCGGAUCUCAAAAACCUACCAAAACUGGCUUAACGGUUCUGGAGCUACAGAACAGGUUACCUAACUCCAGGAUCGUUUAUGCCAGUGCAACCGGAGCUACUGAACCACGAAACAUGGCUUACAUGACGCGUCUUGGUCUCUGGGGGGAGGGAACGCCGUUCAAGACCUUCAAUGCGUUCAUCCAGACUCUGGAGCGGCGUGGUGUUGGCGCCAUGGAACUUGUCGCAAUGGACAUGAAGCUGCGAGGAAUGUACAUAGCUAGACAACUUAGCUUCCAGGGCGUGCAUUUUUCAAUAAACUGUGUGUCUAUUGAAGAUGUCUCGCUCAACGGAGAACGAUUCGUCAAUGUCUAUAAUCAGUCAGCAGACUUGGUAAAUCAUUUAUAA